CCCGAGGUUAUUUUCGCGCCUGACAGCUUCCUGUUCCGUGCCUGGCAUUAUCACGGCUCCCCUCCUACCACAGCGGGGCCUUUACAUAAAGCCGGGACCGCAGCCAUCUUCCCAUCUUUUUUUUUGAGAAACCAGCCAGUUACACACUCGAUACUGACAACACGAUGGCUCCUUCAAAAGUAGACUCUCCCCCGCAGACACCGCUCCUGCCAGCUCUUGCUCUUUCAAGCGGCAAACUAGCAUCUCCAACAAAGUUCAAGUCUCUCAACGAGUCAGUCAUGUCGGCCAUACACGCCAAAGAGGUCGCGGCUACCACACUGCCAUACGACGCCGGGCCAGGUAUCACCUUCGCACACCAGGACUCGUUACCGAAACUCCCCAUUGCCGAUCUCCAAGACACAUGUCGAAAUUACCUUUCGGCAGUGAAGCCUCUCCAGACACCACGUGAACACGCCGAUACCGUGGCCGCAGUGAGGGAAUUUUUGAAGACGGACGGGCCGGAGCUCCAGGAACGGCUCAAGAAGUAUGCGAGCGGCAAGAGCAGUUACAUCGAACAGUUCUGGUAUGAUUCGUACCUCAACUACGAUAACCCAGUGGUGUUGAACUUGAACCCUUUUUUCCUUCUCGAGGACGACCCAACUCCCUCUAGAAGGAACCAAGUGACCAGAGCAGCGUCUCUCGUCAUUUCUUCUCUCUCUUUCGUUCGUGCUCUGCGACGGGAAGAGCUUCCCGCGGAUAAGAUCCGUGGCACUCCUCUUUGCAUGUACCAAUACCCUCGGAUCUUCAGCACUUCCAGAAUCCCCACAGAGAAUGGCUGUGUGAUGCAGUCGGACCCUACGGCAAAGCACAUCGUUAUCAUGUGUCACUCCCAAUUCUACUGGUUCGACGUUCUCGACGACAACUCCGACAUCAUUAUCACCGAGCGGGAUCUCCAGCAAAACCUGCAAGCCAUCCUCGACGACGCCCAGAUGACGCCGAUCCAACUGGCCGCAAAGUCGGCAGUCGGCGUUUUGUCGACCGAGAACCGGCGGGUGUGGGCCAACCUGAGAGAUGUUCUGACUCAGGAUGGGAAGGACAGCACCAACGCUGAAUGUCUUCGGAUAGUCGAUACCGCUUUGUUUGUUUUGUGCCUCGACCAGACGUCACCCCAAUCGGCCGCCGAGCUCAGCAUGAACAUGUUGUGCGGAACCAAUGUUGUCGAGAAGGGAGUCCAAGUGGGUACUUGCACGAACCGCUGGUACGACAAGCUGCAGAUCAUCGUUUGCAAGAACGGAUCUGCGGGUAUCAACUUUGAGCACACCGGUGUGGACGGCCACACAGUGCUCCGCAUGACCAGUGAUGUAUACACCGACACGAUCCUUCGGUUUGCCCGCACCAUCAACGGUAACGCUCCAAGUCUCUGGGCCACUGUGUCGCCAGACCCCAACAAGCGGGACCCGGCUUCCUUCGGCGAUGUGAGCACGACUCCCCACAAGCUGGAGUGGACUAUGGUUCCGGAAUUGUCGAUGGCGCUGCGGUUUGCCGAGACCCGUCUCGCGGAUUUGAUCAACCAGAAUGAAUUCGAAGUCCUCGAGUUCAGCCACUACGGAAAGAACUUUAUCACCUCCAUGGGGUUCUCACCUGACGCCUUCGUCCAAAUGGCUUUCCAGGCGGCAUACUACGGUCUUUACGGACGUGCCGAGAGCACCUACGAGCCAGCCAUGACCAAGAUUUUCCUCCACGGGCGAACGGAAGCCAUCCGUACCGUCUCGGAACAGUCGCUUGAAUUCGUUAAGAAGUUCUGCGAGAAUGCUCCUGCGUCGGAGAAGGUCGACGCCCUGCGAAAGGCUUGCCAGAAGCACACCGCUACCACCAAGGAGUGCUCAAAGGGACUCGGCCAGGACCGACACCUUUACGCACUCUUCUGUGUCUGGCAGCGUGGCCUCGAUGAAGAGUCUCUCUCCCAAAGCGACGACUCUUCGCGCGACGGUCGGAUGUCGCCGGACGCCUACGGCUCUUCUCCGUUGUCGGGCAGCUUCGAGACCCAAGACUCGAUGUCUGCCAGCGGCCGCUCAAGGUCAUUCUCAGACUGCUCCUCCAUCACCGGCACCCCACCAACCAAGGUUACCCCACCGGUCGUUCCCAGCAUCUUCUCGGACCCCGCCUGGGACAAGCUCAACAACACCAUCCUAUCAACCUCGAACUGCGGCAACCCCUCGCUACGCGCCUUCGGCUUCGGCCCCACGUCGGGCGACGGCUUCGGGAUUGGUUACAUCAUCAAGGACGAGAGCAUCUCCAUCUCGGUGUCAUCCAAGCACAGACAGACCAAGCGCUUCGUCGACACGCUGCAGAACUACUUCCUCGAGAUCCGCCAUCUUCUGCGGGCCACACAGCAGAAGGAGCCGCCGCGCUCGAUGGCGAGGGAGGCAGACAAGCUGACGCGCGCCCGCGGACCAGCCGGUCAGGGUCGCGGCGCCAAGAGCGCCGUCCAGCGCCAGCUCAGCGGAAAGGUCAUCAGUGUCGCCGGCGGUAACGGAAUGUUGGCCGAUGAUGAUGCAAGUCUCACUAGCGUGAGAAGCGAGGAUGGCAGCGAUGGCGAGUCGGGGAUGCUCGGUGGAUAUGGAUACUUCGAUGCUGGCAGCGUGGCGCGCUUGCUGGAGAAGCGGGAUAAACCGCAUACUGACUCGAAGCUGCCGGGACGGAGAGCAGUUGGGCGGAUGGUGAAGUUGACGGAUUACUAG